GGUUCUCUCCUGGAAGCCAAUCUGAAGAAACAUCCAGCAGCAGGUGUUCACCUUGUAUCAUUAUUGUCAGACAAAGCUAUGAAAUGGAUGGAGUCAAAAGAAAUAUCCUUCUGUACUCAUUUUGCUGCUGCUAUGUGUUUCCACAAUACCUUUGCACAGGACUUCAUUCUCAGACUGUGAGAUUUUCAUCUCAAGUUGGUAUUCAUAGGGAGCAGCAGUCCAUAUGCCCUCAGAUCAGCGUUGGGGAGGAUCACUUCCCAGGCUUUUAUAUUAUGUCCCAGUUCCAAAUUGCUGAGCUGGCAAGAAGGGGCACUGUUAAAAAGGUUACUGGAACAUCUCCUCAGCAUGUUGCUUAUCAUAUAGGCCCAACAUUCAACUUCAGGAUCAACUCAAGAUCAGCUUAUCCCUCGGGACUACCUGAGGAGUUUGCAUUUGUGGCCGUGCUGCGCAUGAGUGGCAGCACCAUCAAUACAAACUGGAAUAUCUGGCAAAUGCAGGAUGUGAAUGGCAUGGAGCAGCUUGCCGUCAGACUCAACGGGCAGUCUCAGUCUCUGGAGUUCACCUUCACUGCGCUGGACACCGGGAGGCAGAUUAUUGUGUUCGGCCCCCUGCCUUUUCUUUUCAACGAUCAGUGGCACAAAGUGGUGCUGCACGUGAACAGGCUCUCUGUAACACUGUUCGUGGACUGUGCAAAGAUCGGUUCACAGAAUAUACCACCCCGACACAAAGUCAGCCUGGAUGGCUUCACGUUGAUAGGAAAGCUCAAGGACAACCCAGUGCUGGCAGUACCGUUUGAACUCCAGUCCAUGUUAAUUCACUGCGACUUGAAGCGAGCCCAGGCCGAGCCUUGUCAUGACCUCCCAGCCAGGACAUCGGGGAAUUUAAAAUCGAGCAGCUCCAACUUGUGUGCGUAA